GCUCAUGGCGAGGAAGAGGAGGGCGCUGGCCGUCAAGAGCAGCAAUGCGAGGGCGGGGGAGGAGGAGGAGGACGCGGCGGCGGCGGAGGAUGAUCGCGUGGCGGAGCUGUGCCGGGCGAUAGAUUUGCAAGUGCAAGCGAGGGCGACGGCGAUUCGAGCCAUCCGCGACGCGCAGAUCGCCGAGUUCCUGGCGCAGCUCCAGCUCCAGCAGGCGAGCUUGUCGGAGGAGAUGCUGGACAUGCCGAUUUGCGACUUCCUGGAGCGGUUCUGCCCUAACACCGAGCUCGUGUGCAAGGAGAGCGGAGUGGUGGAGAUGAGGAAGAAGAAGCUGCCGACGAGCGAUGCCGGGGACCCUCUGGCUUCCUUGUUUGCGCUCAGUGCGCUCAAGAACACUAGCUCCACCGCCGCCGCCGCCGCCACCGCCAAAAAGAGCUCCGCUUCCUUCUUUUGCACGCCGCGAACCUUGGGUGGUGGGAUAUCCUCGAGCAUGAAGACUCGAAGUAUGCGCUGAGCUUGAGAGGCUGGGCUCUUGCACCGAACAACCAUUCUUUGGAUCAAAUCAGUCAAUCAGACGUUCUUCUCAAAUUGAUGUGCAACAAGACAGUAUGUCCAUGCAUCACUUCGAAGUUUCAGGUCUUGUCAUGGAAGGGAUAUCCGUUGUUUCCGUCUUCCUAGCCGGAGCUGGUCAUUUGGAUAGGCAUGUGUACUUUUCGAUGGGAGUGACACUAUGAAAUAGGUGUCAUGAGUUCGGAAGUUAUCGUCACCUUGAGGAAAAAAUCUUGAGCAGAUAAUGGCUGCCUCAACAGGAUAUCAAUGGUUUGACUUUUUGGUUCACCUGACAGGGAUUGAACCUGCUCCGGAAACAGACGUUCAUUUCCUAUCGACUUGUCAUUUGGGCCGACACUUGGCUCUGUAACCAGUUAUACACAUAGGAAAAGUGCUGGUGCUGCUUGCCGCAGCUCCGAUGGAGAUC